AUGGACCCUCUUGUCGCCGCUGAGCUGGCCAAGCUUGACGACGGCGUUGCUUUUCGCGCCAGGCCGAGCCAUGUCCACCACACCUGGGCGCGCACCUUCUCCUCUCUCCCCGAGCUCUACAUCCAGCCCGAGUCGCUCGCCGAAGUCGAAAAGGUCGUCAACCUCGCCCGCACAUGCCGCCGACGCAUCGUGACGGCCGGGUGCGGCCACUCGCCGUCCAACAUCACCUGCACGUCGAGUUGGCUCGUCAACCUCGACAACUUCAAUCGCAUCCUAUCUGUCGACAAGGAAACAGGAGUCGCCGUCAUGCAGAGCGGCAUCAGGUUGUACGCCCUGUGUGAGGAGCUCGAGAAAUAUGGUCUUGCCAUGCCCAACCUGGGCAGCAUCAACGAGCAGUCCAUCACUGGUGCCAUCUCUACGGGCACUCAUGGGAGCAGUCUGCGACACGGGCUCAUGUCCGAGGACGUACUCGCCUUGAAGAUCACCCUCGCCGACGGCACCACAGUAUCCUGCUCCCCCGACUCGAGACCUGAGCUUUUCCGCGCUGCGCUGUUGUCCCUCGGCGCACUUGGCAUCAUCACCGAGGUCACCUUCCGUGCCGUUCCCGCCUUCACCCUUAAAUGGGAGCAGAUCGUCGACACCGAUUACAAGAUGUUUGAGGCGUGGCCGCAUGAGCUGUGGACGCAGAGCGAGUUUGUCAGGGUCUGGUGGUUCCCUUACACGAGGCGCGCAGUCGUUUGGCAGGCAGAGAAGACGACCGAGGAGGAGCGUGACCCGCCCGUCAGCUACUACGAUGGCUCGCUGGGAUACUACGUCUACCACAACCUGCUCUACCUGUCGCAAUGGGCUCCUCGGAUCCUGCCGUGGGUCGAGUGGUUCGUCUUCGGCAUGCAGUACGGCUUCGCUGAUGGAUCCAGGACAAGCGCAAUUCAGCCGAGUCGCAAAGCGCUCCUGAUGAACUGCCUGUACUCGCAAUUCGUCAACGAGUGGGCUAUUCCUCUACACAAGGGACCCGAAGCCCUGCGCCGACUUAGCUCGUGGCUCAACCAUCUGACUCCCGAGGACCCCGACUACGUGCCUCACAACAUCCCCUUCUCCGCAGACGGCCUGUACGUUCACGCUCCCGUCGAAGUCCGCAUCAGCGACACCACCCUUACCUCCAACGCUCGCCCGUUUCUCGACCCUACCGAUGAAGACGGCCCGACGUUGUAUCUCAACGCCACACUCUACCGCCCGUACUGGACCGACCCGCCCUGUCGCGAGCGUUACUAUGAGGCGUUUGAGUGGCUCAUGAAGGAUCUUGGCGGACGGCCUCACUGGGCUAAGAACUUUGAUACGUACCGCCCGGAGAUUGAGGCUUUCUAUGGCAAGAAUCUGGAAUCGUUCCGAGCGGUUCGAGACGGGGCGGACCCCAAGGGCAUAUUCGUUGGGCCGUGGCACCGGGACAGGAUAAUGGCGGAGGGACCGAAGCUUGAGCUCGAAGAGGUGGAAACAUCACGGACAAAGAGUCGUACGAAGGGUGUAACGAUGUUUGGAAGCAUAUGA